AUGUGGUCUUCUAACUCCCGACCUUCGUCGCCUCCCCUUUAUCUUUUCUCCGGGUCGGAUCUCCCAUCCCCUCCGUCCGCCUCGUGUCGCCUUGCCGAAGCUGUGCUCUGUAGUUUCGAGACGCUCGACAUGGAGUCCGGUGACCUUCCGACGAACCAGCCUGUCUCAGGCUCCUCCCUGCCUUUCGCAGAAGAGGACGGAUUGGACUAUGUCCUCGGCUUUGAGCUAUGGUUCCAGAAAGAUUACGAGACUGGUUCCGAGGCGAAGGACAAGAUGAAGACCUUCUUCCACGAACUGGAGGCGAAACUACCCGUCCAGGACUAUCCGAUUGAGACCCUGGACGACGUCGCUAGGGAGCUGGAACAGAUGUUCCGGCAAGCGGACAGGCAGCUCCUCGUCGUCCAGCUCGAGAGUACCAAGUGGUGGAGAGAGUACCGAGUCCGGAAGGGCGGAGAGCCUAUCUCGAAGGGGGUGAGUGCAGGUACACCGGCUGUGCCGGUGGUUGUGGCGAAUGACUAUUAUCGGACGUUGGGGCGACUCAGCGGCGAGGAGGUCAUCACGAUCCUGCAGGAGAAUCACCGUUCUCGAGAGGGACGCCCAUCCCCUCCACCGGAGGAUUUGAACGAUCGUUGGACCCGAGCCAGCAGGAUGACUCCGCCGCCCGACUUCGAGGCGGUCAUGCCGUGGACAGUGAGCGAAAAGCUGGCCUUGGUGCAAGUGUGCAGAGAAGAUCAAGUUAACGUAGAUUGCGAGGGGUGGUCCCAUUGA